AGAAAAGCUGAAGAGAUUAAACCGUAUUUAAAUGGACGAUCUAUGUAUCUUGUUGGAAUGAUGGGUUCCGGGAAGACGACAGUUGGAAAGAUAAUGGCAAGAGCACUUGUUUAUACAUUCUUUGAUUGUGACACAUUGAUCGAGGAGGCGAUGAAUGGAACUUCUGUAGCUGAGAUAUUUGAGAAUUUCGGUGAGAGUGUCUUCAGAGAGAAAGAGACCGAGGCAUUAAAGAAGAUCUCUCUGAUGUACCACCAAGUUGUUGUGUCAACAGGUGGAGGUGCGGUUAUAAGACCCAUUAACUGGAAGUAUACGCAUAAAGGUAUUAGCAUUUGGCUUGAUGUUCCGAGAAUUGCUGCUCUAGGAACUAAUUCAAGACCAUUGUUACAUGAUGAUGAGUCAGGAGGAGGCCCAUACACAGUGGCUUUAACCCGUCUUUCAACUAUAUGGGAAGCACGCGGUGAAGCAUACACUAACGCAAGCGCGAGAGUCUCCUUGGAGAAUAUUACAUCAAAGCUCGGGUAUAGAAAAGUCUCAGAUCUUACACCAACUGAAAUCGCCAUUGAGGCCUUUGAGCAAGUUCAGAGCUUUCUAAAUAAAGAGGACAGUAUGGCUAGUCCGGAUGACUUCUAGUCCUGGAGACGGUUAAGUUUCUCCCCCGCAACAUCUAGUCAGUUUAAGUCUUCUUGUUCCAUCAGAAGAGCUUGUGUGUGCCUAGUUUUGACUGCUGUGUACAGUGUAUAUGAUUGAAUAACGC